UGUCCUCCUCGUGCUGUGAUACUGUCUUCCUACAUCCGCCCGCCAUGACCGCCAUAACCGGCUAACUCCCCUCCAUACGAUCCUCUUCCGCCUCAUGCAUUGAGUCCUAUACCCGUCCCACCAUGCCGGCGGUCGCGAUGCCCGGGCCGCAAAGCCUGCAGCCGCAGCCUCCAUGGGCGUGGCCGGAGUUCCGUCAUCCUGCGCCCGUAACCAUCGCCGCCCUCGUCCUCACCCUCGUCCUCGUCUCCCUUUUCCUCUCUAUCCUCUGGCAGCUUCUGCAGCGCCACCUUACCCAGCGCGCUGGCUUCAUCCUCGAUGCCCAACACUCCGCCGCUGCCCCCGACGGCGGCCCGGGCGCGAAGCCCUUCCGCCCGACAUCCCUCACCUCCGAGCUCGAGAUUGAGACGAGACAAUUACUAUUCAGCGAACGCGCAUCUACCGGCGAGCGCAUGCCGCUGUGCAACCCACAGAGCACGCGCGCGCGCGGCUCGCUAUAUGAUACCUUCCAGAUGCCACCCCCGCAUACAACCCGCCUCAAGUUCUCGCGGUCUAUGAUGGAGCUCAAUGGCGGCGAACCGCUUGGAGACGGCGACGACAAGGAUGGGGCGAAAAAGGCCAAGACGCUUCACUGGCAUGGAGUCAACCGACUGAAUACUGCGUGGGCAUGGAUGUCAUAACACAAGACGAUCUUUAUAUUUUUCUUAUUUGUCACAAAACUAAGUGUAACAUCACGACUGUAAAUGUAUGGAGACGGCCAUCAAUGAGGCAGACAAAUCAACUUUCUUUUUCUUAUUCGUUUCAUCCAGCCCAUCAAAGGAAGGCGGAGCACCAAUGGCUUAUUGGUUGAAAACAUCAGGUAGAAACUUAGUCGCAGGCGUUUGGUAGGAUACUUCUGUGGGAAACUUUUAUUUGAGGGGGGAGAUUCAUUAUCG